AUGAUGAUAACCCCAAAGUUUGUGAUCACCGUUGUUUUCAUGGUAGUUUCGACUUUAGGAAUAUGUGGUGCCGCCAGAACAGUCCUCACCGAUGACCAUGGCCAUCAUGGUGUUGCUGCUACACAUCCAUCGAGAAACGGCCAUAGACAGAAAGAUCGCGGCGGAGGUAAUGGAGAUGUGUAUAAUGACAGGGUUGGAAAAGGUGCAGGUGGUGGCGCUGGUGGGUUUGGCGGAGACAGCGGUGGAGAAUCUGGAACCGGGUCUGGGUAUGGUGGUGAUGAUGGAAACGGCGGCAUAGGUGGAAAAGGAGAAGAUGGUGGAGGCAGCGGAAAUGGAAAAAAAUUAAACGGGGGUGGCGGAAAUGGUGGGUAUUCCGGCGGUGGUGGUGCCGAGAUGGAGGAUAUCGUGGCAUAG